AAGAAAAAAAAAGGGGGCAAUUAAUAAAAAAUGUACUGGUUUUAUUAUCGUAAUCGAAUUAAGAGAACAUAUGUUGGACGUGAUACAUUUACAAAUUCUGCCGGUGCUAUACCAUUGACAUAUACAUCAAGUCAAUUAUUAUCACAAUUAGAAACAUUACGUGAACAAAUCCGUACAUUAUUGAUCGAUGAUAAUGAUCCUGAUUCAACGAAAGAUGAACGUUUGGAUGAAAUUUUAAAGAAAUACUAUUCAUUAUUUCGUGGUUUCAUAUAUUUACCCACCGAAAAGGUUGCUGAACAAUCAUCAACCACCACCACCACAACAACAACAACAAGCAAUGAUAAAUCAAACAAUGACAUUCAUACAAUGGGCCAAUCGCCAUUACGAAGAUUAUUCCGUUUCAAAUGGGAUGAUUCAGUGACCGAUGCAAAAGUAUCGGCUAAUGAUACAUUAUUUGAAGUGAUUUCAUUGCUUACAAAUCAUGGCCUUUGGUUAAUGCAAUGGUGUCAGAAUAUAUCGUUAAUAAUACCGAUGAAUUAUUUUCCACAACAUGUUGUGACAAUGCAAAAAAUUCUUCGUCGUGCUGCUGGCCAAUUUCAACUUGCAUUUCGAUCAUUUCAACCACAAUUACCGGAACAAUUACGUGAUCGUAUUGAUUCUAGUAAUUCGAACAUUUUACAAGCAUAUUAUUUUCAAUGUUUAGCUGAAGGAUGGGAAUUAUGGUUUAUUAAAAUAUUACAAAAUAUGACCAUUUUUCAAACAGAUUCAUUGAAAUUAAAACCAUGCGGUGGAUCUGUUGAUCCGAAAACAAUUGCUCAAUUAGCAAUGACUAUUUAUGGAAAUUUCAAUCAAUCAAUGGAACGUAUACGAACAAUAAUAUCCGAAUUAUCGAAUUAUCAAAGAAAUAAUGAAGCAAAUUUCUACAAUACAUGGUUCACAUAUUUGGAAGUGAAAUCCUAUUAUUAUCAGGCAUGGAAUUUUCUUGCAAAUACCUAUGAUCGUUGGCUAAUUGCAUCGGAUAUACAAAAAAUUCAGUCACAAAUACGACAAGAAUUAAAUCAAAUGGAUAGAUAUCAGAAAGAGUUAAGAAAUUUAAUUCGAAAAUAUAAUACAUUGAUGAAUCAAACACCGGAAAAUCGAAUCAAUAGAGAAUCAUUGUUGAUUGAAUUACGAUUAUAUGCACAAAUGUUACAGGAACAGGUGGAAAAAUUGGAACGACCAGUUGGUAUUGAUUCGAUAUUUGAUCAUCGUAUCCAAUCAGUAAUAAAUUCUAAAGAAAUGGAACCAAUUCCAUAUCAUUUUCCGGCAUUCGAUGAUAUUUGGACAACUAAUUUCUAUAGUGAAUUCGGUGUACAUCUACCACGUGAAGAUGCCGAAGCAUUAGCUGCACAAAUUAAACGUCAAAAAGAAUUGGAAGAGCAACAACUUGCCCAAAAAAUGAUUGAAAGCAAAAAACAAUCACCGUUCAAUAGAAUUUCACGAUUUUUUAAUCGAACAUCACCACGUGUUAUUAAAAGUUCCAAUCAUUUAUCGCCGAAUAGAACAAAUGUAAAUAUCAAAUCACCAUUGCCAUAUAGAUCACCAAGAAAAACACCAUUAGGUCAUAUGAUUUCACCUAUUCCAGCUCCGGAUCCACAUGGUAAAAAUCCAAUAAUAUCAACACCAUUGGUUAUACCGACAAUCCAAUCUAAAAUUGAAGAAAUAAAAUCUAAAACAUCAGGUAAAAAGGCUACAUCACCAUCACCACCAUUACAGAAACCGGUAACACCAAAAAUUACGGCCACUGCUACAACAACAACCACAACAACAACAGCAACAACAACAACAACGGCCAGAUACAAUGAUUACAUUGAAAAAACGUCAGGAUAUUAUUCGUCAAACUUUACAAGCGACAAAAAGUUUGGAUGAAGUGUCGACAAAUUUGAAAAAACAACAAAAGUAAAACCAUGAAUUUAAUUUGAUUAAAUUUUUCAUUUCAUUGAAUUUA